GGAGAACGAUGGGUUUACUCGGAAAUGCCUCAUUAUCGAGCUAUCUGCCGAGUUCUGAUAUCGAAGAGGAGUGUUUAAAGUCGAGUCAGCCAUGCGACGUGGGAAACCCAGCUGUGGACGAGACUUACAGCCCUCAUAAUAUCAAUUGCUCUAUAAUCUCAACAGAGAAUCAAUACCCUUCGACCGCGCACAAUGAUCCAGGCCAUGCCGCGCGACUCGGCCCUCAGGACGCCUUGAGGAACGAUGAACUUGUACCUAGCGUUGUAAGAGACGAUCGAAGUGCCCGAACGAACGAACGUUUUAUAUUUGAUUGGCAAGAGAAAGAUAUCGAUCCCGGAGUCGAGUUGCUGGUUAGUGGUUCUCUGAAGCGAACCGUUCCACACGCCUUCGAACAGAGUGAGAACGAGGACAUCUUGGGUGACGCAGGCAAUACCGCUUUUUGGGCGCCUUUCAACACCACAGAAACGUCUCUCUCCACAACUCGACGAUCAUCGUUGAUGCCGAAAGGAAAUUGGGAUGCCCAAUCCAGCGACAAUAGCUCUAUCCUAGACGAAGGGAAACCAAGGCCGAAGCGACCUCGACGCGGCCCGGAGUUGGAACGGUCUCUGAAGCUUGCAUGUCCAUUCUACAAAAACGACCCACGAAAAUACAACAUACAAACAAAUAGGGUGUGUGCGUCGAGGGCCUGGGAUAGUGUAUCGAGAGUUAAAGAACAUUUAUAUCGCUGUCACUUAGCCCCACCUUACUGCCAGAGAUGCAAAGAAGUAUUUGGCACCGAACAAGACCUCAAAUCCCAUCUCGUUGAUCGCAUGCCGUGUUAUUUUAAGGAAGGAGACCCUCCAGAUGGGAUAUCAGCCGAGACACAAAAGGCAUUAAAGAGUCGGAAGAAAGCCGGCCAGAAUGUGCCUCAGAAGGAAAGAUGGAAAGAAAUCUACCAAAUGCUCUUUCCUGGCCAUGAUAUCCCAGAUCCAAGUUUUGACACAGUGCAGGAGUUGAUAGACCUCGGUGAUUUCGAAACAUAUUUUCGACAGGAGCUUCCCAAACUCGUCCGAUCUGAUCUCGAAGUAGAAGCUUCCAGAAAGCAAAGAGCCUUACAUGAUAUAUUGCUUCCCCAGACUGUGCAAACGGUACAACGCUACCAUGAUUUAGUGCUAUCAAGUUACAGAGACAGUUGGCCCCGGCGUCAAAUACCUUCGAUACCAGUAACAGCACCACCAAAAUCAUUGGCUGAAACAUAUAUGACCAAUCCAAUAUUCGGAUUGAACUGAAGGCGGGAGGAACUCGGGGAUCGGAUGCCUCACAAUUGUCAUUGGAAGAGUUUUUCUCUUAAACAAGAUGUCAAGGAGAAUAUCUUUUGCCUCUAUACCUCACUCAAAAUCUUCUCAGUAAAGUUUGGCCACACUUUGACUGACUUGAGAAUGAAAAAGGCAAUUCAGCCCUGAUUCACAGAUCCUGCAUUCCCCUGCACGUUCCCCAUAAAUGUUACAAUCACCGCACAAUACCUUUUAAACACAUCAGCGUGCACUAUUCUCUCACCAUCUGCCCCCCAAAACAAAGGGUAGACUUACGCGCAAGUGCCAACAAACACUGUCUCCACGCCAGCGCUCGUAAGUAAUGACACGAGCAUUGCAAAGGUCAAGACGAACGCCAAAACCAUGCCGGAAACUGCCCCUCUGCUCAUCGACGUCAAGUACAGAAGGAAAAUCGGGAUUAGCAAGAUUGUGACAGCGACACAGACAGCUGCAAGUC